CGUUCCCAAGAUGGUUUCAUGCAGUGGAAUGAGUUCUUAGAAUUACAGCAGUGUCUUGUGGCUUGGUAUAAAGUUUUCUGUCAGCAUGAUGUUGAUCGAUCUGGUUUCAUUGAUGCAGCUGAACUCAUUCGUGUUAUUCGACAAUUGUUUGGUGAGAUUCAAAAUGAAAGAAGCAAACAACAAAAAAUGUAUUGAAAAUUAUUUCUAAUGUCUGCUUUUGAUUUUUAAAACAUCUAAAAUAUAUGCUACAUCAAAUUUAUUUUGGCUUCAAAAUACAUUAAUUUUAUCCUAAAAUUCAAUUUCUUAUUUUUAUCAUCAAAUAUAUUUUAAGAGUAAUUUUUUUUAAAAAUUGACAUAAUAAUCAAUUGAAAGCUACAUUUUAAUUAAUUUUAGGCAUUAUAUUAAGAAAAUUCUGUUUAUAUGGUUUUAAAUUGUUAAUAAAAUAAAUAAUAAUGUGUUUUCUUUAAAGGAUACCAAAUUCAACCAGAGACACUGGAAACUAUUUUAAAGAGGUACUCACGUGUUGUUCCUCCUCGAAGUAGAUGCAUCAUAGCAUUUGAUGACUUUGUUGCUCUUUCUGUGAGACUACGAGCAUAUACAGGUAGGUAGGAUUUAGAUUUGGAAUUUUGACACAAAUAUUUAAUCACUUAAGAGGAAUGCAUAUAUAUUUUUUAAAAUUAUUAUCUUUUUAACACAAAUAAACGCUUAAAUAUUUCAUUCAUUCCUUGAGUGCAGAUGCUUUUAGAAGGAGAGACAGCCUAAUGCACGGAGGUCAUGAGACAGGAAACUGCACAUUAGGAUAUGAUGAUGUAAGUUGUCAUGACACAUAUUUCUUAAAUUUAUUGUUAAGUGGAAAAUAAUUUUUGUUUGGAUAACAUUAAUUACACCUGUAAAACAAAAUUUUAAACUCUUUAUUUACAGUUCUUGAGAUGUGUCUUGUGUCUUUAAGUUCUGCAAUCAAUGAAGGCAUAAGAUGUACAGAAAUAAGAGACAUAGACAUUAGGUUUAUUUGGAUCAAAAUAAUUACUAUGCAGAAAUAAUGUUAGAAUAUGGGCACAUUUGCAAAUUAAUAAAAUUAUUAUUUUAAAUUGUUAUUAACAUUGAAGCCAUGCAUUCCCCCCAUUUUUGCUCAGAGUUUGCUUUUGGUAUACCUACAGUCCUUUUUAAUAUAGAGUAAAAAGGUUUUUCUUGAUUAUGCAGGCCCUAAAGUUUUCAAAUAUGGCUAUAUUUUACUACAUGUUUAUGUAAUUACAAAAUUGCUAGCACAAACUUAUAAAAUGUGGAUAGAAUUUGUGUAUUUUUUAUGCUGUCAUUCUUUUUAAAUUCUUUUUUAUUUUGUUCAUGUAAAAAAAAAAUAUUUUAUAUACCAUUAAAAAUAGGGGAAGCUGUUUUUUUAGAAUGAUAAAUGGUUUUUACAACUUAUCUUAUAAAAGAAAUGCAAUGUUCCAGGGCCGGCCCGACAGUUGCUGGCGUCCUGUGCAAGCUUAACUUUGGCGCCCCUUAUAAUAAGUUUAAUUAUUAAAGUUAAAGAACAAAACUAGUUAGUCGGUAAUGAGUCUAUACCUAUGUUUUUGUUUGUUUUAAAAAAACAACAACAUAGGUAAUAAGCUCAUUACCGAAUAAAUAUUUUUUUCCUUUAAUGAUUAUACUUAUAAGGGGUGCCAAAGUUGAGCCUUUGGUAAACUUUCGCCCUGUGCGAAGCACCUGUUCGGCGCCCUCUUCACUGUCCCUGUAUCCAAAUUAAGAAUGCAACUUUCAUUGUAAGAAAACUCAUUGUAUGAAAAGCGAUUGUACGAAAGGUUAGAAUACUGUUUCUCGACCACGGACCCGAGGUUCACACUUCACUAUAAUAAACUAAGGGAAUUGAAAUAUUUACUGGGCGCCCCGGGCGCCCCUAUGGCCAUGGCACCCUGUGCGAGGGCACAGGUCGCACACCCUAAAGGCCAGCCCUGAAUGUUAAUUUUCUUAAAACUUUUCAUAAACAUGCAUAAACCAUUACUUCACAUAAUAUUGUUCAGUUUCAGUGGAUGCAAUAGCUGCUGCUGAUAGUUUUUCAGGUGCCUUUUUUUUUUAGUUAUAAAUAACCUUGCUCUCAACAUAGAGGUUAUUUGCAGACAAUUCAAAUUCCUUGUUUUAGCUUUGCUUUAAAUAAUGAAUAGAAUAUUUUUGCUAGUAUUUUCAACAGCGAGAAGAAAAGUUUAACAAGUUACAUUUAUCAUAUACCAGUAAGUAGUUUGUUAAGUAAUCAUAUAAGCAGUUUGUUAAAUGUGAUCAAUCUUAAAAAGAAUUGUUUAAAGAAAUUAAGAUACAGUCAUAAUGCACUUUUGACCAAGCUGAAAUAUAUUUUUCAGUUGAUGUUAGUGUUGACAAAUUUAUAAAAUGUGUUGGAUAUGCCCUUGUAAAAUUAUAAAUUUCACCUUGAAAUAGUGACACAGGAAAGACAUCUGCAGCAGACCAUGGAUAAUGAUAUAAAAAAAAAAAUAUUUUAUACAAGUUUUAAGAAAAAUAAAAGUCCUUUGGCCCAGAAAGAGGAGAAGAAUUUUGAACAACAUUUGCAAAGGCAAAUGUGUCACUGAGAGACAUUAGUACUUAACUGACAUAAAUAGCAUUUUACUUUUCUGCACUAUUCGUCGGUUCUUUUAAAUAGCCUUAUAAAAAAAAUUUUAAAUAUCUGUUUUAGUACAUUUAUUUUGGUAUUUACAACAGUGUCCUUGUGUUGAUUUUUUUAGCCCACCUUUUGUAUAUUUAUAUUCUUCAACAUUUGUAUAUAUAAUUAUAAAGUGUGAGAAAGAAACAUAAAAUUUUGAAUGAAAUAUUUCCAUAGAUGAGACUUAACUUGGUAUCCAACAUGUACCAGUAAUACAAGGCAGUUCGCAUGUUAGGUUAAUAUUAAUAUGUACCUGUGGUUUGAAGCAGUCUUAACUGAUUAGCUACCAGACUGAAAAAUCCGCCGUGGCCAAAUUAAAUCUAGGUCACGUUCAUCAUUAUGAUACAAGCCAUGGCGCUACCAGCAGCUCCUGGCCAUAACAAAAGAAAUGCCCAGCCGGUCCCACCGGCUCAUGGUAGUUUAACAGUUAACCUAUCAUGUGCUAAGGAAUAUCUAUCUUGUAUUUAGAUCUAGAAUUACUACAUACUUUCUGGAAGCUUCUGUCUUCAGCCUCAUGAUAUAAGAAGAGCAACUUUUUAUAUUGAUUCGAAUCAUUUAAGGAAUGAAACAUUCUUAAAGACAAUGACAGUAGGUGUUACCUGUUAAUACAGUAAUUUAAUGGAUUCCUACUCUAGAAGAAAUUUUCAGAUACAAAUAUCCUAAUGCUUUAUUAAGAUAAAUACUAAAAUGACCUUCGAUAAGCAUUUUCUGCUGUAUACGUCCCCGUUUAAAAAAAACAGAUUAGCAAAAAAGUUUUUCUAAUUUCGGUUUAAUUGCAGGUUGUUAUCAGCAACCAUAAUGUUGCAUAAAAGUAUGAUGUCUUAUUAAUGAAUGACUUGGAAGAGUGGACAAGAUUUUAAAACAACUCAGUCAGAGUAACAGGCAAACAAAAACAAAACAUAAACUAAAGAUCACUACAAUUGUUUAUUUUGACCGGGUUAUUUACACCAAAUAGUGUGUAUUAUCAAAUCUCAAGCCAGCACAGAUGUUUAUUCAAGUUAGGGUCUUGUUUUUUUAAUAAACAAAAAAAGUUAAAGAUUGACAUUUUCUGUAAAGGUAGAGGAAUAAAUGAACCAAUCCAAGUGGUAUGGGCACAAUAUACAAGAACAUGAUAUUCAAUGGCAUUUGGUUCUUAAAGUAGAUGGAAUAAUUCUCAGAUUUAUUCAUCACUAUCAUAUUUUCUAUAAGUUAAAUUAAUUUUAAAAACAAUAUUUUGUAACAAUAUUUCCAAAAAAGAAUUUAUACCAUGUUUGAAUUUAAUAAUUUCAUUUCCAAACACAUUAUAUUUCAAGUUGUGAUUUUGGCCAACAGAUGGAACUGGCUAGUGAUUUUCUUUAAAAGAAAAUAAACUGAGAAUAGUUCUAUUUACAUUAAGCUAUAACCAAAAAUAUGUCAGGAUAUUCAGUGUUGGCAAAAAAAGUAAUUAUUUAAAUAUAACCGGAAACAAUGGAACAUUUUGUUUUAACAUGUAUUAUUCUAGACAUCAACAGAAAAGCAACAAAGCACAGUUUACUUAUGAAGUCCAAAUAUGAGGAUGCAAAAGGCAAAUCAUGGUGGUGUUGCAUUUUCUGAAGAAAUUGUAAGAGCACAAAGAGUCAAAAAAUAUUUUAUUACUUGCCAGUGAAUGACAGUGUUUGUUUAAUUUCCCAACCUUGACAAUGGUUAAACUUGAUGCAUUCUAAAUGUACAUAUUUACAAAAUGAAAUGAAACCAGUUUGCUGAAAUGAAUGAAGACUUUAGUGUUAUUCAAGUUUAAACUCUUUUUGCUAAUGGCAUGUUUAAUGUGUUUUUAUUCAUUAGUGUGCUUGGUGGUGUUUUUCAGGGGGGUUUUUAAACUCAGGGAGGGGGCUUUAACCUAUAUGGAUUGGGGAGCUUAAUUGGUUAUAAACUCUAAAAUCUUAUCCACUUAUGAAAGAUCUGGUUUACAUUUGAGGAGCAUUGGAUAUGAAAUGUACAGAAGGAUCUUAAGUUGGAAGGCAAAGGAUCAGCUUGUUUGGAGUAGGAAUAACUUUUAUCUAUAAGCCACUUCUUCAGAAAAUGCAUCAUUCAACUGUAUGCAAGUAUUGAGACCCCAAAGAAAUGAUAAUAUUAUGUAGUAGAUAGUGAGCUUUUGUCUCCUAUGUCCUAGCUGCCUGAGUCAAACAUCAAUCUUAUGCACACAGGUGAUAACAAAUUGUCAACAAGCAUAGCAAAAUGAUAAUAAAUGACAGUAAAUGUGAAGGUCAAUAAACAGUAAAGUCCUAUGUGAACCAUGAGAAGACAAUAAAAAUUUAAAAAACUAUUGGUAACAGAAACAUAAGGCACAGCCCUAUUACUCAAACAAAUUUCAAAACAUAAAAAUGUGGUGUCAUUAAAAUUGUUGAAUUUUAAUUUUAAAAAACAAACUAUUAAGUCACCAGCAUCAAAGAUGUUGCCUUUCUUGAUUUUGACAAGUCAAGCUUCCGGUAGUAAAAGUUAAAAUGCCAAAUUCAAUUAUUUUUAAAAAGUUUCUUUAUACUCAAAAUCAAAGUAAGAAUGUUCAUUUAUUAUGCAAAAUGAAGUAAAAUUAUUCCUUACAACACCAAGUAGAGUAAAAGUGUCAUGUCUAAAACAGGGAUGAAACACAUAUCACAAAGUAAAAUGUCUAUUUUAACUGAAAUGUAACAAUGUAUACCUUGUUCUCCCUUGGUAAAACAGUCUUAUUUAUUUACAAUACAACACUUGAUGGUGCCCCACUCCUCACUCCUUUUUCAGUUUAAAUUACCUCUUCUGAAAAUUUAAAUGAUAUGCAAAAAUACAUGGAGUUUUUAAAUUUUUUUCAUCUUACUAUUAAAAUAGUUUUUAAGAAAAAUGAAAGCUUUAUCAUUUAAUUUAUUGGAUGCAACUCAUUACAGUUAACUAGUUUGCUGCAUUAAAAUUAUAUAAAAAAUAUGUGUAAUUUAUCCUUUAAAUUCUUGACUUGGGCUGAAAUUAAAUUGCUUCUCUCCCUACAAAUAAACUAUUUGCAGCCUUCACAUUAAAUAAUUUUGUGAGAUUUUUAAUAAAAGAUUUGGUAGUAAGAAAAAAAUUAAUAAUUUGUAUCCUUAUUUUUCGUAAAUAGUCAUUAACUGACAGCUACCGGUAUUUUAAAGAAGAAAAUAAGUCUAAAUAAGAUACACUUGCAACUUUCACAAUAUUAAAAAAAAAUGUAUGCACAUGACAUAAUUUUUAAUGCUUUAAAUAUUUUCCAGUGAAAUGUCUCCCCAUGAGAAUUGAACAAAAAGUGCUAUCUUUUCUCUGCCAACAAAUGAAUGAAUUAUUUCUGUCUCUAUUGUUCACUAAUUCUAGGAGAAUUAUUUACUAAAUUUUCAUAUUCACCACCCAACAAUUUUAUAUCAUAAGCAAUUUGGCAUUCAUUUGUUUAAAAAAAUCAAACACAGGUUGAAACUUAUUCAAAAUGACAAAUCUAUAAAUAAAGUGAUAUUGCUUGCCUCAGCUUGAACAAGGCUGUAAACCAAAGGCACAAGAUCAAUUACAAAUCAACAAACAAAAAAUACAAUAAAACCAACCUAAAAAUGAACAUAAACUUUUAAGUAGUCCAAUAUAAUUUCAAUUUCUAUCAAACUUAUAUGUAGAGUUAAGAAAUGCCUAGAUCUAAUGGUACCAAAUGAAAAAUAAAAUGCAAAAAAAAAAACCCUGAAAAACAUUGAUAUUGAUUAUCAUUUGAGAAAUACUUUUAUGGACCCUUUUAAGAGGUAUAGUCUACAUCCCAUCCCCAAAAAACAUCCCAGAUUAGUUUUAACAGCUUUGAACUUGAUUCAACAGAAAAAGUUGCCAUCUGAAUAAAAACACAUAUUUUUUUUUUAAAUUAAGAAGCUAACAAGACACAGACUAAAGGGUCUGUUUCUGAAAUAAGUUGUUUCAUGAAUGGAACAGCAGAUGAGUCUCAAGUUCUACUUUCAGUAUUAAAAAUGAAUAUGAAGUGGUUUAUUUGUUGUCACUCCACUCUAGCGCAUGCUUAAGAAUUAUUUUAAAAAUAUAAUAAUUUCAAGAAAUGUACUUAGUUGACUAACUGGUGCAAUUAUUCUGGCAUGAUCUGACAUCUAAUCCUAGAAUCUCUUUCGCUAUUUGAAUAGAAUAGUGAGUACAGGGAUUGACUUAAAAUUUGAUGACACUAACAGAAACCAAAGCUGGGGAAGGCACUGUUCUAUAAUGUUAUUUGAAGAAGUUAAACUAUAUGUAUAUAGCUGAUGUAAAUGAUUAAAUUAAUGGAAGCCAAUUGCUUUAACAUCAAAAUAAUGCACAGUUUGUUAAGCAUUUUUCAAAGCUCCAAGUGUACUUUCUGAAUCUAAGACUGCAGUAUACUAAAUUACAUUUUUAAAGGAUAUCACCUUUCAAAUCAGAAAAGAUAAACUUAACCUUUCCCAAUUUUUGCAAGUUUUAAAAAUUUUUCUGCAUCCCAUCUUCAUUGAUAAUGACACCAAAUGAGUUAAAAUAUAAGAAACACAACUUCAAGUUACACUUAAGGCACAAGAUGACAUUGAAAAUUUAACUGUUACUAAUUUUAAAAAAUGUUCCCUUAUUCCACUGAUUAAUUAGUCCACUGAUUAAUUAGUCCACUGACUGUAUGCAUAGUCAGGGUAUCUAACCUUUGUUGAGAGAAAAGAUCUUAUUUCAACAAGAUAGAAGGUAACUAUAGUAACACUAAUGCAGUAAAAAAAAUAAAAAAUUUAAAAACAAGUUUGAUUACAAAGACAUUAUUAAUAAAAAGAACAGUCAGAGAUAUUUGUUUUUAAAUCUAUCAUUUAAAAUUUUUCAAUAUCUGAAUAUCUUUUAACAAACACCAAUCAUCCACAUGAACAAAAUAAGUAAAUACACAAGUCUGAUGACAUUAGCAUCAAUUUUUGACCUCAUGUUAUCUUUUC